AGGCUGGAGGUUGCCCCUGGUAACAGCAUCCUCAGGUGGGUGGGUGGGUACCAGCCUCAGGCUCUUAACCCACCCUGUCCCGACCCCCUUUUGCUGGCAGCCAAUGGGAAAGCAUCCUGGGCUGCCAAUCAGGCCAACUGUCCAAUGGGGGCCCCCUAGAGGUGGGGCCACCCCUCCAGAGGAGCAGAGGCUCUGAGCUGCUGCGACUAGACGCAGAACAGGGAUCCUGGAACUGAACUAGCAACAGAUGGGGAAACCGAGGCACAAGGAAAGGCUGGGAUUUGCCUGUAAGGUCACAUAGCACAUCAGUGGCAGAGGCAGGAUCUGAGCGCAGUCAUCGUGAUCUGGGAGAGGACAUAAGCGGAGCCUGUCCCCUGUGUGUUCUCGAAGGCACUCGCCCUCCACCGGGGAGCCUGCAGGAUGGCAGCCAAUGGCACAGUGGGGCCUGAGUCGCAGGAGCUGCAGCGCCGCGUGGAUCAGAUCACAGAUGAGUCUCUGGAGAGCACCCGCCGGAUGCUGCAUAUGGUGGAAGAGAGCAAAGAUGCUGGGAUCCAGAUCUUGGUGAUGCUGGAUGAACAGGGAGAACAGCUGGACCGGAUUGACGAGGGGCUGGACCAGAUCAACCAGGACAUGAAGGAGGCGGAGAAGAACCUGACAGACAUGGCCAAGUGCUGCGGCCUCUGCGUCUGCCCCUGUGCCAAGCUGAAGAACAUCAAGGCCAGUGAGGCGUACAAGGCCGUCUGGGGCAACACCCAGGACGGGGUGGUCUCCACGCAGCCCUCGCGGGUGGCAGACGAAAGGGAGCAGAUGAUCAUGAGCGGCGACUACAUCCACAGAAUAACGAAUGACGCGCGGGAGGACGAGAUGGAGGAGAACCUGGUGCAGGUGGGGAGCAUCCUGGGCAACUUGAAGAGCAUGGCGCUGGACGUGGGCAACGAGAUCGACAUCCAGAACAAGCAGGUGGAGAAGCUCAUGGAGAAGGUCACCGUGAACGAAGAUCGCAUCCAGGAAGCCAACACCCGGGCCAAGAAGAUUCUAAAAAAUGCCUGAGACGCCGCGCCACGUGCUCUCCCGCUUCGCUGCCCCCCAACCCCGGCUCCCGGUCGCAGCUGUCCGUCCGUCCGUCCCUGCUGUCCAACCUGCCCUGGAGUGUCUGGCGCCGUGUGUUAGGUGGAGCCUCGGCUGUUCGGGGGCGAGCGUAGCGUGUGCGCACUGCCAUUGCACUUAGCGGAUAACAGCCUUGCUAUUGCAGCUAGCUAGGGGAGCUCCUCCUGUAGCUCCAGUGGGAGAGGGUUGUCCCUGGGUGCUGAAGGUUGUAGGUUCAGUCACAGCUGGGAGGGUGGAGUAUGCUACAGACACAGUGGCUCCAUGUGUUGUGGGGGGAAGGGAUCUUUAUAUCCUAUUGAGGGUACACAUGUGAAACCCCCCCACACACACACACUGUAGGAAAGGCAGACCCCUGUGCAUCAUGCCCCAAUGCAGAGACUCAGAAGGAGGAAUCUGCCCUGAACUUUCUCCCAGUCAGGGGCUGCUCCAGGCCCCAGCACCUGCGGGAGGUCCACCGGAGCUGCCUGCCGCCCUCCCGGCGACUGGCAGAGCGCCCCCCGCGGCAUGCCGCCCCAAGCACGCGCUUGGCGUGCUGGGGCCUGGAGCCGCCCCUGCCCCUACCCCUGAGGCUCCUCCCCCUGGCUGAGAUGGGUUUUCCCAGGGACAGAUAAUGAGUGCUGGGGGAGGGCCAGUCAGAUGUGGGAUUGGGCAGGACUCUGCCAUUGGGAGAGAAAUGGGGGUAGGGGAGGGGGUGAGAGGGAGACAGGGAUUUUCUUGUGCGUUAUCCCAGCCAACUUUGGGUUCUGAGCAGCCUAGGAUUUUAGGAAGCGCGUUAACCUGUGGAACUCCACACCACAGAUAUUAAUAAUCCAUAGAUCUCAAAGCACUUUACAAAGGGGAGUGAUGGUGUCAGUAUCACUAUCUCCAUUUUACAGAUGGGGAAACUGAGGCAUAGAGAAGGGAAGUGACUUGCCCAGGCUCACCCAGCAGGCCAGUGGCAGAGCUGGGAAUAGAUCCCAGGUCUCCCCAGUCCCACUCCAGUGCUCUAUCCACUAGGCCAUGCUGUUCUGAAGAAAGCCCAUCUAUCAACUGACACAAAUGCUUCAGUGGCUAAAUGAAGCCAAACAGGAUUGAUGGGACAGCUGAAUCAGAGAGGGGUCAGGCUAGAGACUUGCCUGGUUCAAUUCUCCACUCCAUCCUUCCCUGUUAACCUGUGGAACCCCCCACCACUGAGUACUCGCAAAUAUUUCAUUAACUAACUGACGAGAAACAGGAGUAAUGGGAGAGAUGAAUCAGAGAAUGGGGACCUCAGAGAUUUCCCUGGUUCAGUUCCCCCUCCAUCCUUUCCUGGUAACCUGCGGAACUCCCCACCACAGGAUAUUCCCGAAGCAAACAUUUCAUGAACUAAAUGAAGGGAACUAGGACUGAUGGGACGGCUGGAUUGGGGAGGUGGGGCGCGUGCCGAUGACUCCCUGGGUUCUAUCCCUCUCUGUGUGUGUGUGUUUGGUUUUCAAACGUAUCUGUCACUGUGACACCGAAGCCCCUGUCUGUGUGAGGGGCCCCUCUUUAUUUUUAUCCGUGAUGUAAGCGAGGUGAUUUUUUUUUUCCA